AUGGGCAUGUUCUCAAACCCAUUGCGGUCUCGCGAGAAUCGCACUGGUAGACUGCCAAAGUACGAGCAACUGAGUCCUCUGCGCACAAAGGAGCGCCUCUCCAAUGACGACGACUACUAUUCCUCCGACGAUGAAUCGGAAGACUACUCCUCCACAUCCUCGCCAAGUGCCAGGAGUUCAAGACACACCUCGGGUUCCCUCUCGAGCGCCGCAAUGAUGCUCCCGAAGCGGGCCCUUGCGACGGCGCGACGCCCACGCACCCAUCUCUACCGACUUCCUAAUCGAAUCAUUCGUUACCUCUGCCUCGGCCUGGUGACCUUCAUGAUCCUUAUGAUCAUGUCCCUGGUACGCGCGAGCCACGUCGAGAAUAAGAUGAUCAUAGAGGGCAAGGUAGAAAAGAAGCCGGACCCCCCACCGGUAUGGGAGUCUUUCGGCUUCCUUCAAAGAUACUAUGGUGGCGUCAGGUCCAUUGUCCCUCCUUCGCAGUACAUCCCCUCCUACCCGCGCUCCGAGGACGAGAUUCCAUUGGAUCAGCUCGACAUCAAUACCACGGCCACCGCGACGAGCGAGGAUGGCAAGGACGAUGCUGUGAGGAGAGCUGUCCCCAAGAGCAAGGAGUUCGUCGAGCAUCCUGGUUCCGUUUUUGUCACCAGACCCGAAGAGAUGAACGAGUGCUUCAUCGACAAAGACAACAAGGUUCGCAUUCCGCCAAUUAGGUAUCUCGAGGGCCGUCCUCAAGGAUUCCCUCAACACGUCGAAGGUUCCUACGAGCUCCUGGAUCUGCCCGAAGGCAUCUGCUACGAACGUUUCGGACGCUACGCGCCUUACGGAUUUGGUUACUCUGUUCCCGCUGGCGGCCUCGGAAUUGGCGAGCAUGGCGAGAAGGAAGGCUCCGAAGAUGUGUGGGAAAAAACGCCCAAGGUUGACUGGCGCCAAGUCGACUGGGCGGACGCUCAGCGCCGCUGCUACCAGGCGAACACCGACAGAUUCAAGCCGAUGCCCCCUAAGAUCCCCUCCGCGCGUGGCUUCUUCAUCGAUGAGCCUGCCCAGAAUGCGACACUUGUGACGCGCGAUCCCCUCGAGAACCUGGAGCCAGCUGCCAAACCGGGCAUUCAGAACGACAAGACUGCCGACAAGGAACACGAGGCGGAAAAAGAAAAGGUUGCUCGCACUGCUGUCGUGAUCCGUGUCUGGGACGAGUACAACUGGCGCGAGGAAGACAUUAUGAACGUUCGUUCAGUCAUCUCGGAGCUUGCGUUGACCUCAGGCGGACGGUAUGAUGUUCAUCUCUUGGUGCAGAUCAAGAACGACGCAGCGUACCCUGUUUGGGCCGAUCACGAGGUCUACGAGCGCCGCAUCAGGGAACGGAUCCCGGAGGAGUUCAGGGGAUUGGUAACGUUAUGGACGGAGACUCAGAUGCUGUCCCUUUACCAAGGCAUCUUUGACCUCUACACUCGUGGCCCCGACUUGCCCGUUCACGGAGUGUACCGCGGUCUUACUAUGGCCAUGCAGUACUUCGCCUACCAGCACCCCGAGUAUGAUUUCUACUGGUCCUGGGAGAUGGACAUUCGCUACACUGGCCACUAUUACGACCUCUUUUCCAAGAUCGAGAGUUGGGGCAAGAAGCAGCCACGAAAGGGGCUUUGGGAGCGCAACGCCCGCUUCUAUAUCCCCAGCGUUCACGGGUCGUGGGAGGAUUUUAGACAGAUGGCCCGCGUUCAAUCCGAGAUGGGUACUGACGGCCCCGACAACGUCUGGAAGAACAUUCCCGGCGCCAACAGGAACAAGGAGAACCAGGAGCCCACCAAGAUCUCGAGAGGAGAGAAGACCAUCUGGGGACCUGAGCGCCCCACCAGCGAGGAUGACUGGUUUGAAAUCGAGAACGACCCCAAGCCUCCUACCACAUACGAGAAGGACAAGUACACCUGGGGCGUUGGCGAAGAGGCCGACUACAUUGCCUUCAAUCCUAUCUUCGACCCCGAGGGAACCACCUGGCUGUUGUCUGAGGACAUUACAGGAUAUAACAAGAACAACCGAGACGAGCCCAUGCCGCCUAGAAGAGCGCACAUCAUCACGGCAUCGCGCAUGUCUCGCCGCCUUCUCAUGACCAUGCACCGGGAAACUGCUUUCAGGAAGCACUUCGCAUUCCCCGAGAUGUGGCCUGUGACAGUCGCUUUUCAGCACGGGUACAAGGCUGUCUUUGCCCCUCACCCCAUGUACGUCGACCGAGAAUGGCCUACCGAGUAUCUGGCUCAGGUCCUUAACGGCGGCAAGAACGGUGCUAGCGGCGGUUCUCGCACAUCUGUCUUCGGCCAGCGCGAGCACAAUCUCCGCGGCCUCAGCUGGUUCUAUAACUCGGGCUUCGCCCCUAACUUGUAUCGCCGCUGGCUCGGUCUCAAGGUCAACAACGACGGUGGCGAGGAGUUUGAGAAGACGGAAGACUUGAGCAAAGACGGCUCUACUGUCGGCCAGAUGCGUGGUGGUGAGGGACGCAUGUGCCUACCCCCAAUGCUGAUCCAUCCAGUCAAGGGAGUCGAGAUCCCAGUGGAGAAGAUACCCGAAGAGACGAAGGAGAAUGUUCCCGAGUCCGACCCGAACGCAUGA